AUGACUUGUGGACAGAGCGUGUUUGAUACAACAUGCCUUGGUGGAUUCACUCAAAACUCGACAGGAUACAAAGACUAUCAUCCAAGAAAAUUAUACAAAGAGUUGUGUAAACUUGAGCCCGAAGAAGGCCGAAGUCUGAACACGAACUUCAGUAUCACUUGCACCGGUGGAAAUCCUCUUUAUAUCGUAAGAUACGAGUUUAGUUACGUACUUCAGAAUGGCCUACACGAAGUAUUAUACCAAGGAAGUGAGCGUAGCUAUCGUACAGUGUUACUCAGUGGUAUUUCUACAAUAAAAGCUGUGAUCAUCGAUGGUAGAGGAAACAAAACAGAAUUCAGCUUGAACGUAAAGGUUAAAUCCAUAGCGUCAACUUGCGAAGACUGGAUCAGGAAAAUAAACAUGUACUUUAGAAGGGGAGAUAAAACUCUUGGCGCAUGGUCUUUGCUAGAAAGUUUACUUUCGAUUAAUGGAAGCGUUAAGAAGUGUCCUCAGCUGGACGAGAUUGUCCUUAACCUGACAUCAGACAUGAAGAUGGAAACUACCCAAGAUGUCCUUAAAGUUACUUUACUUCUUGGUACUAUGUUGGAUGGAAUGGAAGAUGUCUCUACGUCUGCACUAUUAAGAACUACAAACAUUUUGAAGAAAAUUGUGAAGCAUAUCAGAGAGGAUUUCAGAAUACCUGGAUCGAGACUCGAUUCAAGCUUUUCAGCUGUAGUAGAGAACGUUCUCUUCAACCUUGGAAAAGCACUGAAAAUUGGAUCACAAAAUUCCAAUUUCACAAACUACGAUAGAACGGGGUUUAACACGAAUAUAAAUGCAACAAAGACCCUUCUCUCCCUGAAGGAUCAGAUUAUUGAAGUAUUGCGCCUGUCAUUAAAAAAUGUUACGACGAGAAAUUAUACGAUGCAGUCAAAAUAUUUGAGCAUAACAGUUGUGUCUCUACGUGGUGGUGAAGUGGAUAACUUCACAAUUGUUGCAGGUCAAAGCAGAUUCAUAAUACCUGAUAUAAACCCAGUUGGAGAAGUCAUCUCGUUCCUGGAGAUGUGGACUACUCCAUUCAACCCUUUCACCUGGGACCAAACUAGUGAGAGGGUGACGUCACAUGUUGCAGGGCUAGAAGUGAGAGACGAAAAAGGAGACAUUAUAAACAUGUCUGAUCCCUCACGUGAAAUCACCGUCAUACUACCCCUUGACAAGAAAACAACCGACAAGAUAUUGAAAGGGUCCACCUAUUACCGCAGAAUGAAGAUUAAUCACAACAUCACAGUUCAGUAUGGACAGUCCUUCGUCAAUGUCUCCUUUAUGCCUCAAAGCAGCGACUUGGUCAUCUCAAAGGUGAAAGUGAUUUCAGCCACAACUCAGAAUUAUUCAGAAUGUGAAAACGUUAGGGACAAGUGGAUCAAAAGAGGCCGAAUACACUGCAACGGUAAUGUUGCUGUAUCUUUUAUGGCGAUCAAUCCCGGGAGGUACCUCGUUGAUGCUAUUUUCACUGUCAAAGAAAGUAAAAUGAAGAAAAUUACUCAGUCGUCCAAACCGGAACGAGGCAAGGCUACCUGUGUCACGAUAAAAAAUCCACCAGCAGUGAAUGAAGUUAAAUAUAUCAGUGUCCAAGUGAGUGAGUCAGCUUGCCUUUUCUGGGAAACAGAAACAUCUGCUUGGAAAACUACAGGAUGCAGGGUUGAGAAAGUCAUCAGCAAUUCAGGUUUGAAAUGUGCCUGCAAUCACUUGACGUCGUUUGGUGGGGCCUAUCUGGUGCCUCCAAAUGACCUCAGUUUUGUCAAAGUUUUGCAAGAGCUUCGUUCACCAAAUGACAGCGGAAAGUUCCUUGUCCUUGUUGUCCUUAUAGCAACUAUUCUUCUCUACCUGGUUGCGAUCAUUUUCGCAAGAAGGGAAGACCGAAGAGAUAAAGCCAAGAUACAAGAUUCAGUGCCUCCAGUGUUCUAUCGAUCAUCGGAGUCAGCUAAUUGCCGUUACGAGUUGACUAUUAAGACUGGUGUCUGGUUAGGAUCCGGUACAACCGCUAAUGUAUCCUUCGUACUCUUUGGAGUCGAAGGCAGGAGCAGUACCCUUACCAUUCAGCAAGACUUCUAUGCUGGGUUUCACCCGAAGUUUGCCAGAGGAACCGAGCACAAGUUUGCCGCCAUUUUAGACAAAGACUUAGGUGAUAUCUACAAACUUCACGUCAGCCAUGAUAACUCUGGUUAUAAUCCCUCUUGGUUUUUGGAUUACAUUAAAAUUAUUCCUGCUGGGACCGACAAAAGUUGGAAAUUCUCAUUUGACACUUGGUUAAGCUUGGAGGAUGAAUCUCUAUCAAAUGAAUGCAUCCGGAGUCCUUCCAACGCUCAGGGCAGCGUAACAGGUAGAGCAUUACAUGAAAUGCUCUCCGAUGGGCAUCUCUGGAUGUCGAUCAUAACCAAGACCCCUGGGAGUUGCUUCUCUAGAGUUCAGAGAAUCUCAUCAUGCCUCUGUUUGCUCUACUGUACAAUGGCUGUCAAUGCUAUGUUCUAUUCCUGGAGUAACCAGCCCUCCCAAACAAUCAACCUGGGACCGCUACGAUUCUCAGCCCAACAAGCUAUGACAAGCAUUCAGAGUAUCCUUUUUAUUGUGCCGAUUCACAUAAUCAUAACACUGUUUAGGAAGGCCUCAGCAAGACCUCAGAAUCGAUUUUGGCGAUGCUUCCUUUACUUGACGUGGGGCUUACUUUGCCUGGUGACUGCCAUGUCGGCGGGUUUGACAGUUUCCUACAGUCUCAUGUGGGGAAGCGAAAAAAGCCAAGAGUGGAUUUCGUCGGUUUCUGUUUCCUUUUUUCAAGAUGUCUUAAUAUUACAGCCCUUUAAAUGCUUUCUUCUCGCUAUGCUGUGGUCAGUAUUUUCAAAUUGCAGAGUCAGAAAGGUAUCUAGCAGUCAACAGUUCUCUGGGAAAACUGCAGAUGAUAAUCGAAGCUCGGCAUCCACAAAGUCAAGUAAAUUGUCUGCAUCGAGGAGAAAGAGUGUGGCAAUGGCUAGACGUCGCUUGAUGAUAAGACAGACUCUCUUUUACAUUUUCUUUUUUGUAGUUAUUGGUAUCCUUACGUACGGAAAGAGGGACUUUUCAAGGUAUCUGCUCUUCAAAUCUUUGGCGGACCACACGGAAAGUUUUGAAGAGGUGAAAGAUAAAACAUCAUUGUGGAACUGGAUAAAUGGGUCGUUGAUAACAUAUCUCUACUCAACAAAUCAAGAGAGUAGUGAGCUAGCAUCGACGGUGAUCGGAAUGGUGAGAAUACGUCAGCUGAGAGUGAGAAAAGCUCAAUGCCCUGCGGACAAAAUAACCAACUGGUGGCAACAGACCUGCUUGGAGUCCUACUCUCGCAAAAAUGAACACUCAGAACCUUUUCAUCCGACCAAAGGAACUUCGCCACUCCAGUUUAAUCGGUGUCCAAUUCCAUGGAUGUACAAAACAGGAAAGGAACUUGGAUCUUCUUCAAAAUGGGGCCGCCAUGCUUGGUAUGGUGGCGGUGGGUAUUUGGCUGAGCUGGGCUAUGAAGAAGAAACUGCCCGUGCGAUAACAAAUCUACUGCAAUCAGAAAGUUGGGUCGAUCGUCAAACAAGUGCCAUCGUGUUAGAGUUUUCGCUUUUAAAUUCGGGGACAAACAUUUUGGCUGUCUCGUCUUUCUUUGUCGAAUUUCUCCCGACAGGCCAGGCAACGGUUAAAAGAAGCAUAAAUAUCAUCUCGCUGUACGACACCGAAGCCAUCCUACAGAUUUUUCAAGGGAUGUGCCUCGUGUUCUUUAUAGCCAUGGUUCUCUUCAUAAUCGGCGAAACAAUAGCACACAUAGUUAGAAGGAGGUGGCGAUACUUGUGCUCUUUUUGGUGUUUGCUUGAUCUUGGUCAUUUAGCGACAUCCAUUCUACUACUUGUAUCAAGCUUCAUGAAGUCUUAUCUUACAACUACGAGUGUGCUUAGGCUGAAAGAAAACAUGUUUGCACAUACAAGCUUUGAAACGCCACUCCUAUGGGCAGAAGUUGAAAACAGUCUCCUCGCCAUUCUCACUUUCCUAGCAACGUUAAAGCUGCUACAACUUACCUAUUUUAAUUUCUACACGCGAUUGUUCUCUUGUGCUCUUCGGAUCUGGAUGCACGACCUUCCCUCGUUCUGUCUGGUCUUAUCGAUCAUAUUUCUUGCAUUUUUGGAGAUAGGAGUUUUAGUUUUCGGUCCAUCCAUCGGCAGGUACUCGAGCUUUUGGCGGGCCUUCGCUUUCCAGCUAGAGAUAACUCUUGGCAAAGUGAGGACUCGGCCCAUAAAGGAACUAGCUGAAGGUGUCCCAAUUUUCGGACACGUUUUAGUGGUUUCGCUUCUUUUUAGCAUUACCAUAGUUUUAAUGAACUUUUUUGUUUCCACCUUAAAUGAUGCCCUCGCUGAAGCUAAGACUGCGGAGAUGGAUAAGGAAGCUGAACAGGCGAUGACUGUUGGGCGGCCUGUGAACAUAACUGUUGAAAAGGCUGACGGAGUUAACGUUGCACCAGAGAAUAAGGAUAACGGGAGAAAAGGAGAGAAAAUCCGAGGAGGAGAGAAAACUGAAAGAGGGAGUCGCGCGAUAUUAUUUGAUAAAGUCAGCAAGGGUCUCAAAACAAAGGCUUUCUUUGAUGAAAUCAGUGAGCAGCUGAAGACCAUUGAUACCCUUCAGCUGCCCAUACUCCGUUUAAAGGUAGAUAAGGUUUGCAGACGUAUUGAAAAUGCCAUUGCUAAUGAAAUCGAUACUGGAGAGCCAUCGACAGUCAAUCAAAAGGGAAAAAGGAGAGUACAUUUUGGAAGCAGUGUUAGAAUACCGUUUACGUAGCACCGUUACCUCUUUCCGCAUCAGGAGGAACUCUAAGAAAACAAUUUUGAGAUAGUGCGAUAUCGUUUGUUCUUUACUAGAAGUUGUUGAUCGUGCCAGAAUCUUGAUUUGAUCAAGAGAAACCACUGUCUUAGCGAUUUAUUCAGUCAUUUUUCGCUCAUGUGGCUUGUUGUGUGAACUUUUUCAAAUGCGUUUACAUAGUUGAGAUUAAGCUCUACGUAUAUUUUAUUUGGCACCAAUCUGAUGUCGAUUGUAGAGAAGCAUAAUUGGCUUUGAUAUUCCAUUUACCUGCAAGCUUCUUCAGAAGGACAAUCUUCCUGUUAAUACGCGGGAAAUUAUUGAAUACAGUAAGUUUGGAUAAUACAAGCAAUGUGCGAAAAAUUGAGCCUUGGGAAUUCCCCUCUUUAGUUUUUAUAAAUACUUACUAAUUUGUUCCUGAGUAUUCUGAAGCAGACUCCUCCUCUAAACUGACGAAUACCGUUUGGCCGGGAAGUAAUGAUCACCUACUCUGAUGUAAGUUUAUUGAGAUGAAAUCGAAGAAAGGAAUCCCAUGGCUUUAUUUUCUUAUAUUUCUAUGAUGUUGUGAGUAAAUCACAUUACAAUAAGAUCAUAGCUCAUGCAUUACUGGGUCUGGGAAUUUGGUAAGUUUCAAAACUGACCAAUCUGUGAUGGAUUUAGCAACAACCUAUAGCAGAACUCAAGAAAACACCAAGAACAAGGAUCUAUGACAGAAAUGGAAAAUUAAUGUCAUAUUUUGCAAUAAGCGUGACUUAGUAUGGGUGUAACUUCUGUUAUUCAAAAGUUGCUAAAUGGGGCACGAUUUUGCCAAGUUAACAUUAGUAACUGAGACUAUAUACGAUAGGCUGGUCCACCAAAUUGAGGCUGUAAAUAUGUUUCUGUGUUAUCUUGGAUCAGCGAAGAAAAGAAUUGUGAUUUUGAAUCAGUAUUUGUCAGAAUUAAUUGUUUCUUUGUGGAGAUGGAGCGCAACUUUGCCUUAUCGUCACCAACUUAUAAAAAAGUCGGUUGAGAAGACUUGAUUAGCGACGUUGUAUGGAUGUUAACUUAAGUUUAAGCCCAACUAUUUGUUAUAAGUCAAUUUGGUAAGAUUUAGUAGUAUUUUAAACCAAACAAACAGUAAGCCUUGACGAUCUGCUUUUUUCUUCACUUAAAAUUUAGAGAAAAUGUCACUAUAGGCGAAGCAAUGUUCUGCGGAAGAAAUUCGUUGUUUGAUCACUUGACGGAUAUUAGCUAUUUGACGGCUUAUGAAUAGGGUUAGAAGGAGAUUAAUAAAUCAUGUAUAGUGAACAGUGCACCAUUUUUUAAGGCUUUAUACUAGGUUCAAAUUGCAUAAUAAUAAAUAUUUUUCUCUAUUCAGAUAUGUAGCAAGGAGUACUAAGUAGCGCUAAGUUUUCCAUCACGUCAAUGGAAACAUAUCCUUGAUUAAUAAUCAUAUCUAUGGGACUAAAUUUUUAAAUGAUUAAUGCUAUACUAUUAAACAAAUCUAU